AGCCAACAUUUUAAAAGCCGAAAAAAAGGUCAGCUGCUGUGUGCAGCGGUUUUAUGGUUUUCGGAAGAAGAUACUAUAUUAGCGUUAUUAUUAGAUGCUUGAUUAAAUCAGUUUGAGGUCAUUUGUCGGUGAAAGAGGAUGAAGGGUCUGUACUGCAGAGCUGCUGUGAGCGAUGCUGAACCCAAAUUUGUCAUCCAGGAAACGACUCUUUCAGAUGUCCUGGGAAGACAUCAGGUCAGAGUUCAGGUGAAGGCCUGUGGACUCAGUCCCCUAGACUUUAAGCUGCUCAGCGACAUUGGACUGCAGAGAGAUUUGAUUCCUGUAGGAAGAGAGGUGGCCGGAGUGGUCUUGCAAGUGGGCUCAAAGGUCUCUCUGUGCCAGCCAGAGGAUGAGGUUGUAGGUAUUCUUCCCUUGGACUCGCCGUGGUCUGGACUCUGUGAUGUCAUUGACGUAGAAGAACAUUACCUGGUUCAAAAACCAGAGAAACUCAGCUCGGUGUGUGUGGCCGCAUCGCUGCGUGACGGCCUCUGUGCAUACACAGCUCUGCACACAAUUGCUCACAUGGCUGCCGGACACACGCUCUUAGUCAUGGAUGGAGCCAGUUCCUUGGGCCUAAUGUGCAUCCAGCUGGCCUGUUACCAUGGAGUCAAGGUUUUGACCACAUCGAAUUCCCCACAGGAGCACACUUUCCUGGAGGAGUUGCGGCCCAGUGUCGGUGUCCAGGACCCUUUGGUUGCCAGAGUCAUUCCAGUCUAUAACGGCUCAUCAGAUCUGCUGUCACAGGUGUUGGAGGAGACAGGUGGCCUGGGAGUGGAUAUCUUGGUGGACGCUGGAGUUCGUUUGCUGGAAGACGAUAAAACAGAAGAGACACUAAAGCUUCCACACAAACAUGACAUCAUCAGCAUACUUGGAGUGGGAGGGCACUGGGUCACAACCCACCAGGCCCUGCAGCUCGAUCCUCCAGACUGCAGAAUACUGCAUUUAAAAUCGGCGUCUGUGUCUUUCCUUAACCCUGAAAUGUGGACGGCGUCGUCGGCUCUGCAGGGAAGAUAUCUCCACAUUCUGAAGGACGUUGUGGAGAAAAUGUCAACAGGAGUACUAAGACCUCAGCCUGAAGAGGCGGUCCCGCUUUACCAAGCCACAGUUGCCAUGGAGACCGUCCAGUGCCAGCAGAGAAAAAAAGCUGUUGUUCAGCUGUGAUAACUGAUCAUUAUUCACUGAUUUCAUUUUUGAAUAUUGUGAU